AUGUUAUUAAGUAAUAAAAUCAGGCACUGUAUUAACAAAUGUACCAGAGAGGAAUAUGCUGGAAACCAUUUAAGUGAAACCUGUAUUGAUCAUAUUGCGAAUAAUAAAAAUAAAUGUGAGGAAGAUGGAAAAAGUGAAAACAAAAUGAAGAACAUACUUGUAAAAAAGAGGUGGAAGGAAAACUUAAAUAGUGUCAAAAAUAAUAUGACGGAAAGUCCAAGUGAAAAUUAUUUAGAACUUAGAGAGGCAUUUUCGUCUGCUACCAUAAGGGUUAAAAUGAAGGAGAGAAAAGUAAAUGGACAUGUAAGAAAACCUUGGAUAACUGAUGAGAUUGUUCGCUUAAUGCAUGAGAGAGAUAAAGCCUUCAAAAGAUGGAAAGUGUCCUCGAAAGAAAGCUACUUAAAAAGACUGGAGCUGAGACAAGUUUAUCAGGGUCUCAGAAACAAAAUAAUUUACUCUAUUAAAAGAAGCAAGGAAAGAUAUAUGGAGGAGCAAUUUGAAAAAUGUAAAAAUGAUAUUAAGGCUACUUGGAAACUGGUAAACUCUGUAUUAAAUAACAAAGUGAGUGAAAAUAUUGACAACAUAAUUACAAAAAUUUUGCGGAAUGCAACUGACAGAAUAACCAACUCUUUCUUUUUACCAGAAGCAACAAUAGAGGAUGUGAUAAAAAUUAUUCUUACUUUAAAAGAAAAAUCUCCUGGUGAUGAUGGAAUUAAGGUAUCACACCUAAGUGACAAUAUCGAACUAGUUGCUCCAAUAUUACAAAACAUAAUCAAUAACUCAAUAAAAAAAGGAAUUUUCUGCGAUGAAAUCAAAAUUGCCACAAUCAGGCCUAUUUAUAAAACUGGAUCACCCUGUGAAUAUAGUAAUUAUAGACCAGUCUCCAUUUUAUCAACUAUAAGCAAGGCAAUUGAGCUAUAUAUGUAUACACAUUUAUUCUCAUACCUCAAAAAGUACAAAGUGAUUGAUGAACACCAAUAUGCGUAUCAGAAGGGAAAGAGUACCAUUGAUCUGUUACAAAAUUUCUCUGACAUAGUAAAUGAGUCCUUGGAUAAAGGUAUGCAUGUUGUUGUAAUGUUUGUGGAUUUGUCUAAGGCUUUUGAUUCCAUUAGUCAUGAAAAAUUAUUGAAAAGCUUAGAAAAUAUUGGGGUGAGAGGAGAAGCGUACAAACUGUUUAAAAGUUAUCUGGAAAACAGAAUGUAUGAUACUGUGAUAAUUUCUGUACACAAAAACUUAGAUAUAGCUGAGGCAAGACUGCAGGAGGAGUUUACUGAGUACCAAAAAUGGUGUCAUGAUAAGAAUCUCAUAAUGAAUGGAACAAAGACUAAAGUAAUGCAUAUAUCCACUCCUUAUAUUGCAAGAAGAGAUCUUAACCUAAGAUUUCAUUCUAUUGAGUGUAUACACUGUAAUAUUGCAAAUUGCACCUGCAAAAUGAAUAUUGAAAUGGUGGAGUCAGUGAAGUAUUUAGGGUUGAUAGUUGAUAAACACCUAAACUGGAAAAGCCAUGUUAAAAUGCUAAGAGGGAAGUUGAGGUGUUGCCUGUAUAAAUUAUCACAAUUAAGUAACUGCUCCCCACAUAACAUAGUAAACAUGGCUUAUACAGCCCUCUUUGAAUCAGUCAUGAGUUAUGGGCUUGAAGUGUGGGGAUCUGCCUCGGAUACAAACUUGCUCCCCAUUAAAUCAUUACAGCAGAGAGCUGUAAAGAUUGUGAAGAAAAAGCAAAGAGUUCCAUUACCAAAUACUAUUUUAACAUUAGAGAAUUUGUACAAAUUAAAAGUUUUAAAAAGAAAUUAUUUUAAGAAAGAGUUUAGAAAUAUAGUACAACAUAGAUACUUAACAAGAAAUGAGAGUUUCCAAUAUAAGAUAGGUAUGAAUAAGUAUGGUGAUAGACUGACAGAGGUGGUCGUGCCAAAAAUACUAAAUAAGAUGCCAAUAGAUUUAAGGAAUAUAAAUAGUCAAAGUGCCAUGAAAACAAAAUUAAAACAAUAUUUUUUAAGUACAAACAAUUGA